AUGGCUAUAACAGAGCCAUCAAAGACUCAAAGUUCCGAGUCGUAUCUUUAUACGGAGUUGAUAGAGUCUUAUUUGGGGAAAAGAGCUGCUUUCAUCUCAUCAAUUUUAAUCAGUUAUGGUAGAUUAACAUCUAAAGAAAUUAGUAAAAAAGCUAAAUUACCAGUUUCAGUUGUUAAGAAGACAUUGGUUAGUUUGAUUCAAUUGAACUGUGUUUCUAUUUGGAAUGAUGUUUCAAGUAGAACACCAACAACACAUUAUUAUUUUAAAGAAAGUGGUGCUUUACAAUUAUUAUAUUCUGGUGAAAUCAUUGCAUAUGUUGAUAAACUUUAUCAUAAUGAUUCAUUAACACAAAUCAUUACAAAUUUCUUAAGUUUAGGAAAUUUAACAAUUAGUGAAUAUAUAUCAUCAUUUGGAUCAAAUGAUAAAGAAGCUAUCUAUAAUUUAGAAAAAAAUUUUGCUACAUUAGUUUCUGAUAAAUUUUUAAUUCCAAUAACAAAAUAUAAUUUUAGCCCCAUUUUAGAUCUUUGGUUAACAACUUAUAAAAAAGCAUAUCAAAAAAUUCCCAAAACUUCAACAUUAUCAGAAUUGAAAAGAAAAUCUGAGGCAAAAGCUGUGGCAAAACUUGAAUUUUUAAAAUUAUUAGAACAUGAACCUGAAAAUUUACAUAUUAAAGAUAAAACUACAUCCUUAACAAAGAUUAAUCCAACAAUUAGUUUAUCUUUCAAUAUAGAGAGAUUUUUAAAACAUAAGAGAAGUGUACAACUUUCAAAAUUUUGUGCUCAUAGAGUUGGUAAUAUUACUUCAAUAAUUUAUGAAUGUUCAUUACUUGCAACUGAAAAAAAUUCACCAUCAGUUAAGAAUCCAUUACAUCAAAUUGAAUUAUCAAAUGAAGAAUUUGAAGAUCCUAAAAGUUAUGAACCUAAAACAUCUUGUACAUUUAAUGCAAGAGAUGUAUUAAAAUUUUUACCAAAAGAUUUAGAUUUGAAAAAUACAGUUUUAAAUGGUCCACCACCAAAGAGAAAAAAUUCAGAUUCAGAACCAAGAGGUGGUGGUAAGCGUAUAAAAUUAGAAGAUGGAUUCGCAGCUACCAAUGGUAAUGGUGAUAGUCAUAAUAAUGGUAAUAACGAUGAUGAAGAUGAUGAAUUUGAUAUUGGUACCUCGACAAUUACAAUUGUGGAACAACAUUUAAAAAUCUUAUCAACAUCAGUUAUUCCAUUUUUGAAAAAAGCAUCAAAUGGAUUAUAUUAUGUUCCAUUCCCAGAAUUAUCAUCAAUUUUACAUAAGGCUGUUUAUGAUGCAGUAUUAUCAUCAACAUUAGGACCACCAUGUUCAAGAAUUUUAAGAUGUGUUCGUGAUAAUAGAUUAGUUUCUGAAAAAUUAAUUAAUUCAGUUGCAUUAUUAAAAGAAAAAGAUGCACGUUCAUUAACUUCAUUAUUAGUUAAAUAUAAUAGUUUACAAAUUCAAGAAAUACCGAAAUCAGCAGAUAGAGCAGCAUCUAAAUCUGUUUUUUUGUUUCGUUUUAAUGAAAAACAUAGUUUUAAUUUCUUAAAGAAUAAUAUUUGUUGGAAUAUUGGUCAAUUAUUUGAAAAAAUUGAUUUUUUAAAACAAGAAAAUGCUUCAUUAUUAGCUAAGGCCAAUAGAGAAGAUGUUAAGGGAAAAGAAUCUGAGUUAUUAUUAGCUAGUGAAUUGACACAAUUGAAACAAGUUCAAGAUCGUGAAUUAGAAUCUGUUGUUAAGAUUAAUAGACUCGUUUCAAUUUGGGAAGUUUUCAAAUUUUUUUGA